AGUGACGUCUAGUAUGGCAACCCCCACCGGGUCCGGGUGGCCUCCUUGAAGCAGAAUCAGAUAUUUUCCUUCUCUAGAUAGUCCUCUCAGAUCUCUUCCUCAGGCUAAUGACAAUGCCGCAACUUGCAGCAUACAUAUACCGUGCUUUAGGAGAUAGCUGUUAUGCUACGGGAUCAGCGUAGGUAAAUAGAUGCCACCAUGGCGAGCGCUUGUCAAACAUGGUAACUCACUUUGCUGAGGAUUCGUAAUCUUCUUCCCCCCUGAGCCAGACACAAGCUCAAAAUCUGGGUAAGUCAUGGUUUUCCGGUUAACUGCGAUCCCCCGCCAUAGGAGGCACUCCUCCGUACUCGAUGAUGCAACACUCGAAGAAUGAAACGAAGGAAGUGGAAACAACGGUUGGUAUCUCAGACCCUGAAAAGGCCGAACGACCAUUACGUCGCUUUCGGAUCCUAAGAUACUUCACGUUCCCCAAAGCUGAUGAAUUACCCCCUCCUCCAAAGUCUGUCCACGAUGCUCUCAUGACUCCGGAGGCUUCGGCUGGUUUCUUCAGUUUGCUGCUAUUCACCUGGGUUACCCCGUUGCUGUCCUUGGGCUACGCGAGACCUUUAGAAGCACCUGAUCUUUACAAGUUACAGGAUCAUCGUGCUUCAGUUCGCAUCUCUACCCUUAUACUUGAGUCUUUCCAGAGGCGACGCAAGGAAGCCCAGGAGUACAAUGCCAGACUGGAAAGUGGCGAGGUUAAGCCUGGUCUGAGGGCUAUUUGGUGGGCUAUCCGUGGAAAUAGGGGUGAGAGAGAAAAGCUUUGGAGAGAGCGAGACGGUAAACGUAAAGCGAGCCUUAUACUUGCUAUGAACGAUAGCAUCAAAUGGUUCUUCUGGUCUGGCGGCGUUCUUAAAGUUAUCGCUGAUACAGCCCAGGUUACGAGCCCUCUUGUUGUCAAGAGCAUCAUUACUUUUGCCACCAAUUCCUAUACUAGUCACUUAGCGGGACAACGCCCACCAUCCAUUGGGCUCGGUGCAGGGCUUUCCUUCGUGCUCCUUGCAAUGCAACUGAUUUCGUCCUGGUGUAUGAAUCACUUCUUCUACCGGAGCAUGGCCAGCGGUGUUCUUUUGCGUGGAGGCUUGAUAACAGCUAUCUACUCUCGAUCUCUUAACCUCACAUCGCGUUCUAGGGCUACCUUAAGCAACGGGCGGCUGGUUAAUCACAUUUCGACAGACGUUUCGCGCAUCGACUAUUGCAUGGGUUAUUUCCACAUGGCAUGGACGGCUCCGAUACAGCUCAUCGUUUGUCUGAUCCUCCUCCUUAUCAACUUGGGCCCCAGUGCUUUGGCCGGUUUUGCGCUCUUCAUCGUCGUAACCCCGAUUAACACGUAUACAGUAAAACGCUUGUUCUCGUUCAGACUGAAAAGCAUGCUGUGGACGGACAAGCGGUCGAAAUCACUCCAGGAAAUGUUGGGGGGCAUGAAAGUUAUCAAGUUCUUCGCGUGGGAGGUUCCAUUUUUGAAACGCAUCUCUGAGUUCCGCCGUUUGGAGAUGGGUUACAUCCGCACACUUCUCAUCUUGCGUGCCGCUAUGAAUGCAGUAGCACUGUCUCUGCCUGCAUUAGCUUCCGUAAUCGCAUUCAUUACAUAUUCUUUGCUCGGCCACCCUCUCGACGCAGCGACAGUAUUCUCCUCGCUGACCCUCUUCAAUUUGCUUAGAAUGCCACUCAUGAUGUUCCCCAUGUCUAUCAGUACGAUUUCAGAUGCCGCUACUGCAUGUGAUCGUUUGUAUGACGUUUUUGUCGCCGAGACGUCAGAUGAAACCCUUGUUCACAGUCGAGACUUGGAUGUUGCCGUUAGAGUCAAGGGUGCAUCCUUUAGCUGGGAUAGUCCACCUCCUCAACCGGAGGAUCCCAAGAAACUGAAGAGUGAUAAGAGGGUCGAACCUGACAAAGGGGGCAGCUCUAAGCUUUCCUCGCUAACGCAACAGAAACCGGUGGACCCUGCCACUAUAUUCGAAAUAAAAGAUGUGAAUUUGGAGAUCCCCCAUGGCCAGCUGGUAGCCAUCGUUGGUGCAGUUGGUAUGGGCAAGACUUCUUUACUUCAAGGUCUCAUCGGUGAAAUGCGGAGAAGUGCCGGUUCCGUCGAGUUUGGUGGUACCGUUUCCUAUUGUGCCCAGAGCGCCUGGAUACAGAACGCUACCAUUCGUGACAACAUCUGCUUUGGACGACCUUUCGAGGAGCAGAGAUAUUGGAAGGCUGUUCGCGACGCUUGUUUGGAAGCUGAUCUUCAGAUACUCCCAAACUACGACCUCACCGAGGUUGGUGAGAAAGGCAUAUCCUUGUCCGGUGGACAGAAGCAACGUAUCAACAUUUGUCGCGCCAUCUACUGUAAUACCGAUAUCCAGAUUUUUGAUGAUCCUCUAUCUGCUCUGGAUGCUCACGUCGGAAAAGAGGUUUUUUACAACGUACUGAAGAACAACAAUAGUGGAAAAACCCGCAUCCUUGUCACUCAUGCAUUGCAUUUCCUCCCGGAAGUGGAUUGCAUUUACACGAUUGUCGACGGGCAGAUUGCCGAACGCGGGACAUACCAUGAAUUGAUGACUAAUGAUGGUACUUUCGCCAAAUUCAUAAAGGAAUUUGGAUCGAAAGAAGACCCUUCCGCGAAAUCGGAAGAAGCCAAGGAAGCACCCUCAGAAGAGCCGGUGAAGAAAGAUGCUGUCAAGGGCCAGGGAAUGAUGCAGGGGGAAGAACGCAAUACUGGUGCUAUCCGCUGGCAGAUCUAUCAGCAAUACCUUUCAGCGGGCCACGGUCUAAUAUUAGUGCCGUUUCUGCUCUUAUCUUUGGUUCUCAUGCAGGGUGCAAAUGUCAUGUCUGCCUACUGGCUCGUCUACUGGGAGGAAAUGAAGUGGAACUACCCCCAAGGGUUCUAUAUGGGCAUCUAUGCUGCUCUUGGCGUUUCGCAGGCCUUUACCAUGUUCUUCGUGGGCUUUGUAUUUGCAUUGCUUACCUACUACGCGUCACAAAAUUUGCAUGAGAGAGCUAUUCGCCGUGUCCUUCACGCCCCUAUGAGUUUCUUCGAGACGACGCCCCUCGGCCGUAUCAUGAACCGUUUUGCUAAAGAUAUCGACUCCAUUGAUAACCUCAUUGGAGAUGCAUUACGCAUGCUCUCUGCUACUGGUUCUCAGAUUCUUGGGGCCAUCAUAUUGAUCUCCGUUCUCUUACCUUGGUUCUUGAUUGUCGUUUUCUUUGUUUUGAUUGUCUACUGUCACGUUGCGGUUUUCUACCGAACAAGUGCGAGAGAGCUAAAGCGCAUUGAUGCGAUUUUGAGGGGUUCCCUUUAUGCUCACUUCUCAGAGUCAUUAUCAGGUUUGACGACAAUCCGAGCCUACGGCGAAAUUGACCGUUUCAAGAGUGAGAAUCAUGAACUGGUCGAUAUUGAAAACAGAGCAUACUGGUUAACGGUAACGAAUCAGCGGUGGCUCGGUAUACGGCUCGAUCUUCUCGGCACAACCCUCACUUUUGCUGUCGCCCUUCUAGCAGUCGGCACUCGUUUCAGCAUUUCACCGGCGCAAACCGGUGUCGUGCUGUCAUAUGUUCUCGGCGUGCAACAGUCAUUUGGGUGGGCUGUCCGCCAAUUUGCAGAUGUAGAGAACAACAUGAACAGUGUGGAACGUGUUGUUCAUUAUGCAGAUGAGGUUGACCAGGAGGCACCCCACGACCUGGACAAUGCUACUGUCCCUGCGAACUGGCCCUCCGAAGGCAGAAUCGCCAUGAACGACGUCGUGAUGAAGUACCGUCCAGAGUUGCCACCUGUGCUCAAGGGGUUGAACAUGACCAUCGCCCCACGCGAGAAGAUUGGUAUCGUUGGAAGAACUGGAGCGGGAAAGUCGUCUGUAAUGACAGCUUUAUUCCGCAUUGUCGAACUUUCGUCGGGUUCUAUUGAGAUUGACGGUGUGAACAUCGCAGCGGUUGGCUUGUCCCAACUCAGGAAAAGCCUCUCCAUUAUACCUCAGGAUGCUUUCCUCUUCUCUGGAACGCUUCGGACGAACCUGGACCCCUUUGGGUUGUAUGAUGAUGCACGUCUUUGGGAUGCUCUGAAGCGGGCAUACCUUGUGGAAUCCUCACGCGAGCUGCAGUCUAACUCAACUCAAGCAGAGCAGUCGAAUGAUUCGUCAGCCCAUGGACCCCGCUUCACCCUUGAUAGCCCUAUAGAUGAAGAUGGUAGUAACCUGUCUAUUGGACAGCGUUCUUUAGUAUCCCUCGCGCGAGCUUUGGUAAAUGAUACCAAAAUACUCAUUCUAGACGAAGCCACUGCAUCGGUGGACUAUGAAACCGAUCGUAAGAUACAAGACACCAUUGCCACAGAGUUCAAAGACCGCACAAUUCUUUGCAUUGCCCACCGUCUGCGCACUAUUAUAUCUUAUGAUAAAAUCUGCGUCCUUGACGCAGGAACGAUUGCUGAAUUCGAUACACCUGCGAACCUUUACUCCAUUCCGAACGGCAUAUUCCGUGGAAUGUGCGAGAGAUCUUCGAUAUCUUUUGAUGACUUUACGAUUGCCUCUAUGCGCGCACUGCACUCAGGAUGACUACCACAACGAAGCUGCUAAAUUGAUAUAAUAGACCAAACGGAAUUGAACGUUGACGGAUAGAUGGACAUACGUUGUUGUAGAUGUCAUGCAUUAGCUGGUCGUUCGUCGGACUCUCACUGGUUAGUUGGUAGUUAUGUGAUUUCAUGAACAAAUGAUUUGUUGUUCGUCGGUGUUUGGAUGACGUCUGCCAGUGAUUGAAAGCUUGACGGAGCAGUGGGAAU